AUGAGCGAGGAACGGACAGGUGAGGUGGCGGCCGCCCAACCUCCUCCUUCCGAACAGCAAGCGGUCGACAAUGCUGAGCAGCAUGUCGGCCCCGUCGACGCAUCUGCCACGCCUGAUCACCAAAGCGUAAAUGACACAGGGGCCCAGCAAUCUGCCGCAUCACAUACAGCUGCGGUCAAUGAUGAAGCGCUGCACUCAACCAUCACGGCAUCCACGUCCGAGCGUGACGUCGAAGCCUUGACCGCCCUGCACGAACGCGCCGAGAAUCUGUCCGACAACAGUGCAACCGCCUCAGCAGCGUUCAACCUGGCAGCAGCAGCGUCGUCAUCGCAAAUGGCGGGUAUACCUGCAAAGAAGUUCACUUCGCUCAAUGUCAACAAGCGCUUCCUCGAAAAGGCGAGCCCGACCCCUUCUGUCGCUUCGCCAGCCACUCUCAAGCUCGGCACCUCGGCCUCGCCCCUGCCAACCCAUCGUCUCUCGUCGCCAUCCGCCACCUCUCGAUUGACAUCCGCGAAGCUUUCCAGCGUUCCUAAACCUCAGCCGGCCGGUUGGGCCACAACCAAGCCGGCGACUGCGCCAACCACAAAGACAGCUCCGUCGUCGCAGCCUCCCGCACUUGCCGAGUCGACGGCAGUGCCUGCUCCCGCCUCCGAUGCAACUCCAGCUGCUCCCGCAUCCGCAGACCCGUUGCCCGCAGAAGCAUCUGCACCUCUGCCGAAGGCGGCGCCGAGUCCUAAGCCCAGCAAUCUUUCAACGUCACAGGCCGCGAAUGGUGCUACGGCGGCCGUUGCCUCGCCACGGUUGGUUAGCAUGGGUAGGGAUUCGCCGAGGCCAGGCUCUGCUGGUCUUGACAGUGGCUCCGGCCAAGGCAGAGCUAGUCCAGGUCUUCGCAACGCCGCGCUCGGCUCGUCUUUGCGAGCUCCGAGUCCUGCCAACGUCAGUCGAGCUCCCUGGGCCGGUGUCAAGUCUGGCCUCUCACCUCAUCCUCCUUCCACGCGAGGAACCAAAUUGUCCGACUUUCCCACCGCCGCCGAAGCCGCACGCGCAAAGCAGGAGCAGGAGGAGAGGGCUGCAGCCGCUGCUGCCAGGGAGUCUGCCAGACAGCAAGCCGCACUUCAGGCCCUCGACCGUUUCAGAGGCACAUCGCUUGGUUCAGGAAAGCACUGGGACGAGAUGGAGGACGAAGACGGAGGCUUCCUCGGUGAGGUCGUCGAAUUUGGUGACGGGUCGCAGUACAAGAUCCCUACAUCCAACGAUGGUUCUCGCGGAGAAGCGGAUGAUGGUCCGCCUGUGUCCAAAGAGGACCGCUUCAAGGACGUCAGUCACGACCGCAGCUGGCCUCAGCGCGAUCUGGCACGACCUGCUCCGACAGCUCCGGCCGAACGAGCCAGACCAGCAGCAGCUCAGCCACCCGCGUGGGGUCCCAUGAAGAAUCGUGAGAUGGCAACAUCAACUCCGAAUGAAUCUUCGCAACCUUCGGCUCGACCGUCUCGCUCAGAGCAACGAGCCGAAAAGGUCAUAAUCCCCACCACGGGUGCUUCCGUCUCACUCCGGUCGCCAACAGAAAGUAGAGACGUGUCAGGGUUCUCGUACGGUCGCGAGAGAAGGCCGGGACUUGGCGCAACACCCUAUGGUGGCCGACAAGAGCAAUCCGGCCCUCCGCCAUCUUCCAACCCUACCUCCACACAGGCCGCAAGGUCUUGGGGUCCUCUUGCUCAACGACAGGCUUCCCUCAAUCCAGGAUCCGCACCACCCCCUGUCGCACCCACCAAAGCACCCACCGCCGCUGAUAUCAGCGUACCGCGUGUAAGCGCGGCUCCGACAACCGCCGUACCUGAGCCGGCCAGAGCUGUCGCCCCGCUCCCCUCCGCUGAGCAGCAACAACAGCAACAGCAGCAGCAGCAGUCACAAUCUGCGCCACAGCCGAUUCGCGAGAGGCACGAGGUGCCCGCUCGCGAGCCUCAAACCUCAGCCGCCAAGCCGCUCGGUGCCAAUGGCCGCCCGCUCCCGCCUCAUCUCCUCGUUGCUGGUUCUGGCGACAGCCGUCCACCUAUGCAAGCGACGACGAACAGGCCUCUGCCUCCUCACCUCGCCCAGAACCUACGCCCCGCUGUACCUGCGCAAGCUCCCGACUCUGUCGGCCGCAAGACUUCUCAUGCUUACGAGGAGGUGAGUCGACCGGACGUCACCGCUGGAUCGUUGUCGGCGCCAUCCGCGAACGCUGCGAAUCGCAUUCCAUCGGAUCGCGAGCCGUCUACCUCUCAGUCCCAGCAAGCAUCGAUCGGGCGCACAGAUAGCCAGCCUCGAGCGCCCUGGGGUCCCAAAGCCAUGGCUCAGACCAGAAUUCAGUCUUCGGCUGAUGCGCCCGAGCGUCAGCCACCUCCUCCAACGCAAGUACUGCCUCCUUCGUCCGAAGCCGUUCAGGAAGAGGACGUGCAUGCUUCCAUCGAGCGUGCUCGAAAGCGACGCCAGGAGGAAGAGCAAGCGCGACUUGCCGAGAGGGAACGUGCUCGCCAAAAGGCUCUCGCCAUCGAGGACAGAAUUCGGGCAGCACAACAGCAGAAAGAAGCCGAGGCGCAAGCAGCUGCGCAGAAGCAAGCGGUAGAGGCCAAAACAGCCGCCAUCGCCCUCGCCAGCGAAGACUCCUCGUCACUCAGAAAGUCGGGUCCGGCAGACAGCGUUGCGUCCUGGAGGACCGCGCGCCCAGAGGGUUUCGCAGCACACCCGGACUUCAGGAAAGCGCGUCAGCAGCAGGCGCCAGUGUCGCCGACCGACCGCAUCGUUGCCACCUCAGCCACGAGUCCAAGCGAGCAGAUUCGCGACGGCAGAACCGUGUCGUCGCAGCGUGCGCCUCGUCUUGAUGACGAGCGCAUUCUUCAUCGACGAGACCAGAGGACGGCACAGUAUAAGGACCAGCAUGAGCAGAGAAGCGCACUUAUCAAUAAUCAGCUCACUCGAUCUGGUCUGGAUCCCGAAAGCGAGGCACGAUUCGCAGAGUUCGUCGCCAAAGCUCAAGUAGCUGACGCUCCCAAAACCAUUCUUUCGAGACCCGUCAAACAAGCUUCUGCACCUGCCACACCCUCUGCCCCGGAAAUUCGCGUUGAUCCAUCCGCGCCGAGACCGAGCACAGACGCAAGGUCACAGAAGAUUGCAGACCGGUCCACUUCCAGAAUUCCUUCCGCCUCGAAGCCUAAAGACGCCGCGACGCAAGAUAGAUCGCCUCGGAUCGCAGCAGCCACGUCUGAAACUCCGGCAGUGCCUGUUGCGGCGCCGGUUCCGGUGCGCUUGCACCCCGUCGUGCCCAAGGAGAGCCUCGAGACUAGACAGGAAGCCGCACUGGAUGCACCACCUGCCUGGAACCGCUUCGUGGUUCACCUGAAGCCUUCGCGCCCACGACCCAAGCUAAACCGCUACCAGCAAAAGCAGCUUUUCGCCCGUAUUGCGGCCAUGAAAGCCUCCGGCCGAGCGGUCUAUCCCCUCACGUGGGAUCCUCCUCUUGCCCAUCUCUCGUUCAAGACGCUCUCACGGGACGAUCAAUUGUUUCCCAAGCGUUAUCAUCGUGGCACUGUGAUUGCGCCAGUCAAGCUGCCGUCGCGCGUGUUGCCGCGCGGGCUUCCUCCCAUUGUGCCGCAUAUCAUGUCGCAGACCGCCGGUCCGGGUUCGCGAAAGCAGGCUCGUUUCGAUCUGACUGCCCACCAGUCAGAGGCUCAGAGCGCGUCCGGACUGGGUUCACGAUUUGCCGCGGACGCACCCUCAACGACCUUGUCGCCGGCAAGUCAGAUUCAAGUCCGCUUGCCCGGUCAUCACGGCACUGUCGUCCAACCUCACGCUGGAGGCCACGUGUCUGGUGGCCUGCAGGCGGAUCGACGCGACCGUCAGGUCGAUGCGACCACUGACGCCAUCAUCGGUGAAGUUCUCUCCUCCGGCGCGCCUCAGUCUGCCUUCGACGAUCGCACCAGGGCGGCCUUCCGUACAGCACCAGCACCAGCAGCAGCUGCUCCUGGCUCGCUUGGCCCUCUCGAUUAUCCACAGAACGGAUACUCCGUCGACAGCUUCGGUUCUCAAAACGGCACCGGCGCCUACCGGGCCAAGGGGCGCCGUGGAUCGAAUGCUGCUGUGGCGUUUUAUGACGAACGCCAAGUCAGCACGCCCUCGCCUGUCUCGUUCAUGGUCAACAGCGAGAUCAAGGGCGACGCAGCAGGCGCGCGAGGCUCGCUCUCGCCCUUUGCCAUCCCCGGUUCCACUCGAGCAUCGCAGACCCAAACACCAGCCAGUGCGGGAUCGAUGCUACCAUCACCCAGCAUGUCUACGCAGGGGACGUGGGGCCAGAGCUCGCUCACCUUCCCCGUCCUGGAGACGCGUUCUUCCAAUCUGGCAGACCGUGACCACAUCAAAAGCGUAUGGUCGCUCACCACCAAUUCGAAUGCUGGCGAGCUGCAAAACUCGCUCAAGGACAUUGGAGACGACUUCAUGCCUACCACCCUGCCUAUGAGCGUACACGACUUCCGCGCGGACGACGGUCACGCAAGAGGCGCCCAGGAUGACAAUGACUCGUGGGCCACCUUCAACCGAUACCAGCAGCAGCAGCAGUACAGUCGCGGUCAGCACGAGAUGAGCUCGCACUCGCGCGACCUGUCUCCCGUGAACAGUCGAUCCAACGGGUUUGAUCCGACCUCUCGCAGCCCAGCUCUGGGUAUGGACGCCUCUGCGGCGGCUGCGGCACGCGCCCGUGAAGCCGGACAGCAUUACUCUUCGGUCUCACAGCAAGCAUCCAAUGCCUACUCGUCUCUUAAUGGUGGGGGUUACGGACAGCAUCAGACGUCCUCCUACUCUCCACUAGAGCGGCAGCAGGAUGGAGGGAGCGGUCUGGGGAAAAGCGCCUUUGGAGCGUACAGUGGCUAUGGUGGCGGUGCGUCUGGCAACCAGGGAUCAAGUGUCACGACCGACGCACUGUAUUCAACUUACAGCGCAGGUUCAAUGACGCCUAACCGCCAGUCGUAUGGACAGUACGGCUCGCACGCUUCAACUGCUCGCUCUGCGCCCGGAUCACCUUACGGCGGAAUGAGCCGUCACGCGGGCAGCCUGAACAGCGGCGUCUCGGGCUAUUCACUCUUCCCCACUGGCGGCAGCGGCACCUCGACUAGCAACAACGUCGGCUCGAGGAACUCGCAGACGAGCAACGGGAUGGACGGACUGGGUGUCUUGGACGACACCGCGUUCGGGACGGGCAGGAGCCAAUUUUACGGCGCUCGCGGCUACCCGUCGCAGCAGCAGCAGCAGUCGUCAAGCCAGCAGAAUGCGACAGGUGCUUCAGGCACCUGGCCUACCUCGGCCACCGGCGCUGGUGGCAACAGCAGCAUCAGUGUUGCCGGUAGCGUGCUGCGACCUGCAGCUAGCGUCUUCAACCCGUCCAAGUACACGGCGCAGCGAGCAUCGCAAUCGCAGCAAGCACGGCUCGGGCAACACACGUCGCCCGCGUCGCAGCAGCAGCUUCAGUCGCACCACCACGCGCAGUCGGACUACUCGCUCGAUCCCACACCGAGCAGCAACAGCGUUGGUCCGAUCGAUCAGCGUGAGAGUGGACAGUACGGUCAAACGACUGCGUCUGGUGGCGCGUAUGGCUCCGGUGCGGGAUACUCUGCUUUUUCGACCGGCGCGGGUGUAUGGUAG